UAGUUUGUCUGGGGGGUAGCCGGAGGGCGCUACCAUAACACAGAAGUAUCUGAUUACCAGGGCUGCUUCUGUUGCUGACUGGACGGAGACUGGAGAGAGUACAGACAUUUUUUUUUCAUCUCUUGGAUAUUUGUGUAUUUUGAAGAUGUCUGUCAAACUGUAUAUGACUUCUGUGUCUCCGAAUAGAAAGAUCUCCCAGAACACAAACAGAAUCAAGCAAGUCCUUGGCAGUAAGAAAAUCCCAUUCGAGGAAAUCGACUUGUACAAAAACCCUGAUUGUAGAAACGAUAUGAUGGAGAAAAGUGGAAACCCAGAAAUACUACCACCUCAACUCUUCAACGGGGACACUUACUGUGGUAGCUUUGAACAGUUUGAUGACGCGUUGGAGGAUGGCCUGUUACUGGAGUUUCUUCGCCUCAAGUGAGCCUAUCUAUUCUGUGCCUGACUGGAUGUUGAUAGACGAAGAAUGAUUUUGGCCUGAAAAGCGUCACAGCCAUAUCAUAUGUUUUGACGUUCAUCGAAUGUCUUCAGAAAUAAUUAUCUCUGUGAGAAAGUGUGAACAGUUUUAUGUAAUGUGUUCAGUUUAUCCAGUCACCUUCGUCAACAGCUCAAAUCAAUGGGUAGCGGAUUAGAUAUAUUGUAAGUUUUUAAUAUCUUAAACAUGAAGGCAAAUAGCCCUGGGUAGCGGAUUAGAUAUAUUGUAAGUUUUUAAUAUCUUAAACAUGAAGGCAAAUAGCCCUGACACGUAUUUCCUAUUAUUGUAGAUUAUGUUUUCUCGUGUGUUAUUUAAUUUCGCACGCAAUUCUCAUUCCAGCCACGAGAAGGAAUAUUUGAUAUUUUAAACACAAAUUGAUACAUUGGUAAAUUUGGGGUAUGUGACAUUCAGUGAUAUUUUUGAAGACUCGUUAUUUCUGUUGUAAUAUGAACGGUAAAACUGUAUUAUAUCAGGUAGGUGACGGUGACUGGGUACUCGGAUAGAGAGAGAGAGAGAGGGAUGACAAAAGAAAAUACAUUUACCUUUACAAUUUACAUGCACACUUUUUCGUUGCGUAAUUAUUUAUACCUGUAAGUUAUACUGGAUUAGAUAUACGACGAGAGAAAACUGACUUAUUGUCACGUGAACUAAGUAGAGAAGUAAGCAGUACAAUUAAGUAGGUGUGAAAUGACACACAGUAUACAUAUCUAUUGUCCUUGGAACUUUUAGUUCGCUUUGUUAUUAAUUAUGUCUAGUCUUACCAUGCUACCUUGUCGACUGUUUAUACAGUCUUGGCUUACUAUUGGGAACAAAUUUGUGUCAAAUACCAUUUAGUUAAUAUUUCCCUUUCGUCUUAAAUUUCCAAGUGGACGUUGUGAGUCGUAUAGAGUUUGAUUGUUCAAUGAAAAGCGGUCCGUGGUCGAUUUUAUAAUAAUAUAUGUUUAUAUAUAUAUAUACGUAUCAUUGUAAAUUUCUGUAAUGUCAUGUCCGACCAGACACGAAGCAAAUCAGUUUACUGUACACGUACUAAUAUUGACGUGCGCAUUUAAGCGCAUUGUCACGUAUCAACAUAUUAGCACAAUGAUAAUUUUGCGCACCCGUAUAUUAAUUGCUAUAUGGUAUAAUUAAUGCAGUCAUAAUUAAGCGAAAUGCUUAAAGCGCAAAAUGCGCUAAAAUAAUUCAAUUCAAUUAUUUCUGCAUUUGUCGAUACAAAUCAAUUCAAAGGCAAAGUAACCUACAUGUAGCAAACAACACAUACAUGAUGAAUCAUAUCGAUACAACAACCAUUGAACUCAGAAGUAUAUGGACAGUGCUGUUUUGGUAGAUCGCCUUAAUAUUACCGCUAAUAUAUUUAUUAUAUAAUUUUCUGUGACGUCAGUUAUCCGUGAGAGUUUGUAUAUGUGUAUAUCUGGUGGUCCAUGUAGAAUAAACUAUAAAUAUUUCUAAUUA